AAACACAAUAUCACAGAAAGUUUGAGACUGACAUCUGAGGAAGCGUCUUGAGCUCAAUACUAUAUGGCUCCGAUAAUGCUCCUAUUACUUUUUUAUUAUUACAAUAUAUAUGCCUGAUUGGCAUAUAAACACAUUCUCCUGGAAUUCAUAUACUGCAAACAUUAAAUGACUGUACUCUGUGUAUAAUGUCAAGUUUUUGAGCUUUUUACUUCAUCGACGAGUUUGUACUUUGACCAGUUUACUUUAAGGGGAACCUCUGUGAGGCAGUGUUUGUCCUUCCAUCGACAUUGAAUCACACAAGUUGUCCGUUCUCUGAUUGGACGGACAACCCCGGGUUGCUCGCUACAUAGCUGCAGAGCACACAGAGCCCUCCCCAACAGUGGGAAACACGAGGUUAGGACACGGGGGUGGAACGCUCAUGGAGAACUGGAGUCUGAAAGGGGCCAAAAACAGAUCAUAGCUAAGAUAUUGAUCAGGAGCAACUCAGAAGUCAACUGGUUAAACCUGAGUCGUCAGUCGCAUCAGGAGGAGAGCAACACAUACGGCCAACUGCAAAGUCCACAGGGCUGAAGACCUCGACUCACUCGACAACAAGAGAGUUGAACGAUCCACGUGGACCAUGAGUCUUGACGUUUCGCUGCUGCUGCUGCUCCUGUUCCUGUCUGUGUUUGGGCCGUCCCAUGGCUGCCUGCAGGACCCCGCCUCGGCCUACAGAUUCACCGGGGCUGCGUGCCGGCUCACCCAUCCUGCAGCCGUCGUGUUGAAUGAGAAAACCACAAAGGUGAUUGAGGCGGCGUUCCAACGUGCCAGAUACCCAAGUGUGAAGAAUGAGAAGUCCCUGCUCUUCAUAGGCAAAGUCAAAUACGGCCUGGACAAUUUGGAGAUUCACAACCUGACGAUUGGCCGAAGCGGCUUCGAGCUGCGUGCAGGUGAAGGCAUCGCCAUGGAAAUAAGCAACGUGUCCGCGGUCUUCAGAGGAACCAUCCAGUACGGAUACGGCAGCUGGCUUGUCAACGUUGCACAAUCAAUUGACUUUGAGAUUGAAUCUCAGAUCGAUCUCGGAAUCAACCCCAAACUUUACUGUGGCAAAGGGAAGGUGGCCGCAGACACAUCCGACUGCUAUCUGAACUUUCACAAGCUCCGUCUCCAUCUGCAGGGAGACAGAGAACCGAACUGGCUGAAGAAGCUCUUCACCGACUUCAUCACCUUCACUGUCAAACUGGUCAUCAAGGGACAGAUUUGCAAGGAGAUCAACAAGGUGGCGAAUAUCCUGGCUGACUUCAUACAGAGCACAGCAGAGAAUUUCCUCAGCGAUGGAGACAUCAGCAUGGAUAUUGGUGUGACUGCUGCUCCCGUCAUCACUUCUUACUACAUAGAAUCAUAUCAUAAGGGUUUGACCAACUACAAAAACACCUCCGCAGUCAUCAGUGACUCCGUUUUCCACCCGAGUCAGCUGACUGAAAACAGGAUGGUCUACUUUUGGUUGUCAGACCAGGUGUUGAACCCCGUGCUUACUGCUGCACACAAAGACGACCGCUUCCAACUCAACAUCACCGCGGCAGAGCUCACUGAACUUUUCAAGACGAAUCUCUCCAGUCCCACGCCGGCAGUUUUUAGAAAGUGUCUGUUGGAGUCAGACUCUCCAGAACUACGAGUGUGGACUUCGUCCGUUCCCUUCCUCAAUACCUCGACUGUGGGUGCGACCGUCCGGGCGCAGGCGUCUGGGCAGCUCCUCUGUGGGAAUCAAAGUACACCGACGCUCUUCUUUCAAACGGACGUGACCAUAGUCGUCACAGCGUCUUACGCUGACAAGAAACUCUUCCUCCAGGGCAACGCUUCAGAGAUCUUUGUCACCCAGGCUACGCUGCCCUCGCAGAAUCAGACCCUGCUAGACGAGACGGAGGUGGAGUUCAUACGAGAGGCUGUGGAGAAGAUCGGCAUCCCCAAAGUGUUGUCCGUUCUUGAGCUGGAGCUCACCCGACUCUUGGACAAACAGGGAACCAACUUGUUCGACAUCGUGGACCCUGAAGUUCUCCCUCGGGACGGCUUUGUGGUGAUUCAGAUGGAUUUUGGUUUCCCUCGUCACCUGCUGGUCGAGUUCCUCAGGAAGACGCUUCAGUAACGAAACCAUCCUCUCACGCGCCUCGGACCAGGAACGAUGACUCGCCAGCGAACGGCGCCUGAACACGACGUGUUUACAAGAGGCGCCUCCUGGUGGCGCAUUUGUGUUUUCACCAUUUCUUUUUACGGAUGCGCGUUUCAAUCAUGCCAUUUAGGUACAACAUGUUGUUUUCCACCCAAGAGGCUGAAACUGAAGGAACCAGGAGAGGUCACUGAUGUAGACUGGAAGUUCCCAGGACGUCGGAGCGCAGUCAGGAACUCGACCAACAGUCGGACUCACGUGGAGGCCGCAGAACCUUCAACGCGUUCUGACCCAUAUUUAAGGCCCCGGAGGAGUCGUGGCGGGUCGUGAGCUGCAGGUCAACUGGAGCUGUGGGAAAACUGUGAUUUACUUGUCAGAAUAAAAAAAGAAAUAAAAGCCUUUGCCAUG